CUACCUGCAGAAAGUGGUAGGAAACAUAGCUGCUUGAAUAAAAUCUUUGUAACUUCUCAAGGCAAAAGAAGGCAGCUUGAGAUUCGUUUGAGAAGGUCCAGUUAUGAUCCUGAAGAAUAUUCCUUGUACAGGAAGUACCAACUUAGAGUGCAUAAUGAUACUCCCGAUCAGGUCUCUGAAUUCUCAUACAGGAGAUUUCUGGUUGAUACUCCCUUAAUAUUUGUUCCUCCUACUGGAGAUGGUACAGUUCCCCCUUGUGGCUUUGGUUCUUUCCAUCAGCAGUACCUGAUCGACGGGCAGCUAGUUGCAGUUGGUGUAAUAGAUAUUCUUCCUAAAUGUUUGUCUAGUAAAUAUUUAUUCUGGGACCCAGACCUUGCCUUCUUAUCACUAGGUAAGUAUUCAGCCCUGGAAGAAAUAAGAUGGGUGAAAGAGAAUCAAGUACAUUGUCCCAGUCUACAAUACUAUUAUCUUGGUUAUUACAUUCACUCAUGCAACAAGAUGAGAUACAAAGCAGCUUAUCGACCCUCUGAACUCCUUUGCCCUCUUCGCUAUCAGUGGAUUCCAUUUGAUGUUGCGAAGCCCCUGCUUGACAGGAAAAGAUAUGUUGUUUUAUCUGAUUUUGCCUCAUUAACAAAGGGGGAGCCGUUGCCGCCUACCACUCUUCAAAACCAUAUGGAAGAUCUCCAUGGUGAUCUCUUCAGUGAAUGCAAAGAUGAUGUAUUUAUUCAUGAGGACGUGGAAAUGAUUGAACUUGAUUCUGAAGAUUCUGAUGUUGACUCAGAGCCAGAAACUAGUUCUUCACCACCUGCAGCAGCUGAAGAUGGAGAUGUUGGUAAUAUCUUGAUUGGUAUGAAGUCAUUGCGGUUACGAUUUAAGGACCUGUGUCAAGCUUUUGGUUCCAGCGAAAGGAGGUACAUGGAAACCCAAUUGCAGAGAUACAUGAGAGCUGUUGGUGCCGAACUCUCUGAGCGCAUUGUGUAUCAGCCUGAUCUGCCAUUGACAAGAAUGCAAGAAAUAGACGAGUGAUUGAAAGGAAAAUCGGGACAGAUUGAAAUGAAACUUGCUGUCUGCGUGGAAUUUUAGAGUAACCGAUUGCUGAUCAGGUUGUGGAGUCUUGAAACAAAAGAAGAAAAAUUGGUGCUUAUUGAUUUUGGGUGAACUGAUUUUGAGUGGUUCACUUAGCAAGUUGUUCACCUUAAGUCUCAAAUUGCCUGUAAUCUGCUUCAAAGAUGUAAUCUUGACCGACCUUCAUGUUUUAAGUUAAAUGUAUGUCUUAAUUGCAAGACAAUGACCGAACACUUGCAAAUUCGAGACUAGCUAUAGAUGAUCAUUUUCAGUUUCAAACAGGGAUGAUACUAUUUGUGUUCUACUUUUCAUGAGGUCAUGCAUGACUUUCUUUUCUACAGUUUCUUUUGUAGGUGUUCUAGAAUAUUUAUGAAAGAGGAAAGACGAAGGAUUAUUGAUC